AUGUACAGGACCCAAUAUUCCCUCUUCCAAAACCACCAAAAUUCAUCCUUCAAUUCGUCUUUUCAAGCUCUCUCUCUUUCCGUUUACCAAAAAAAAAGAAAAAGAAAAGAAAAAGCUCUCUCUUCCCACCAAAAUCUGGGUUUUUUCUUUCCGUUCUCAAAGAGGGGUUCAAUGGAGGUAGAGCAGAAGCAAGCUCAAGUGAUCGAGCACUUCGUGAAGCAAGCCUCUAGUCUCCAGGGGUCCUCUCUCGUCAGCCUCAUAGUCCAAGUCACCUCCCAUCCUUCUCUUUUCGCUUUCUCUGAGAUUUUGGCUGUCCCCAAUGUGCUCGAGCUUCAAGGAACUGGAUAUGCUGUAUACAUUGAUCUGCUUCGCCUCUUUGCUCAUGGAACAUGGAGCGACUAUAAGAGUAAUGCUAGCCGUCUUCCACCACUAGUCCCAGAUCAAAUCACCAAGCUGAAGCAACUUACUGUGCUUUCUCUAGCUGAGAUGAACAGGGUAAUAUCAUACGAUCAACUUCUUGAGCAGCUUGAUCUUUCAAAUGUGCGCGAACUUGAAGACUUUCUUAUCAAUGAUUGCAUGUAUGCGGGCAUAGUCAAAGGGAAGUUGGAUCAUUUGAGAAGAUCUUUCGAGGUUCAGUUUGCAGCUGGGAGGGAUUUGAGACCUGGACAACUAGGGAAUCUGAUACAGACUUUAGAUGAUUGGCUAGACACUACAAACAAUGCGCUUCUGACAAUUGAAGAGAAGAUCAAAUGGGCAGAUAAAAAGUGUGAGUUGGAUGCAAUACACAAAAAGGCAGUCAAGGACAGGGUGGAAGAAGUAAAGAAGUCUGUCAAUAACAAGGGUGGGCGAGACUUCCAAGCCAUUGAUGACAUUCUGUUUGGUGAAACAGCUGGACUAAUGGACUAUGAAGAAGAUCGAACCCGAACCAAGAGGAGGAGGUCGCCAAUAAGUUGACGAGUGCAAGGAGUGGGUUUAUAUCUGGAGCACUGCCAUAUUCAGAGAGCUUAAUUAUUUCAUGCUCAGUUGCUUAAGGAUGGUUGUAUAGCACACUUGCUUGCGUAGAGACAUUUCGAAACUUCAUGUGUAUUUAUAACUUAGAACUGGUGUGGCAAAAUUAGUUUCCGACAAUCCAUUCCUAGAGUGAUGAUUUUGGUUUUUCAAACUGGUCUUUUUUUUAUAUACAAUUUUAAAGGUUCAUCCAACGGAGUGCACUUUAUUGCAGUAAGUCGAACUUUUUAGUAAAAUUCUAGUUUUCCUUGGAAUA